AUGGGUGACAACGUGUCUGCUGAGAAUGAUGGUGCGAGGGUCUUGAUGAAUCUCUCAGACAUGGCCCAACAAUGGGAGACAAGUGCUGCUGUUCGGGAAUACCUUCGAAAAGCUGAAGGUGCUGAUCAGCAGUUUUUGUUCACGGACAAGUUUCAGGUGAAUGUCAAGAGUGCAUGUGAGGAGCACGUGUAUGGGAUCUUGAAGCCCUUGGUACUGAGGAGAGCAGAGACUCCUCUGCAGGCUCAACCACACAUCGUCCCACUGAGGGAACAGAUUGGACUUCUCUACAAGAAGCUGGGCAUCAUCGCAGACAAGGACCAAAUCUAUUUGGACAGCUGGUACAUGAAGAAAUUGCGGGCGUUCAUCCAAAUGAAAGUGAGGAAACAACUGGUGACCACAGUUGAGGUGGACCAAGUGAAUCAACGACUUGAAGAACGACGGGCCAAGGCAUCACCCACGGAGCCUACUGCGGAUGAAGAUGCUUGGGAAGAAUCUGACAAGGAGGAUGCUGAUGGUGAGCAGUCGGAUUCUGAUGUGGAGAUUGUGGGUGCUGAGAUUGUCCCUUUAGAUCCUUCAGGAAAGGAUGUUGUGCCAGUGGCCUUGGAAGCUACCUCUCCGGUACCCCCUGCUGAUUCCCAGCCGUCUCCUCGGCCUUUACAGCAAGAGGUGGCGGAGGUGGCUCGUUUGCCUGUGCCAGAGGAUGCUCCAGCAGGAGAUUCCAUGACUGAAGAAGACCAAGAACAACUUCGUGCCUUCAAUUUGCUGGAGGAUGCGAAAAGCCGACUCCAAGAGUCAGAUCAGGAUGGGCAAGAGUUGAAGUGUGAGAAGACUGGUGAUGAGGAGGAACACGCUGGCAACGGUGAUGCUGGCCAGAAAGGUGGUGAGGAGGGUGAAUACCCUGUGAAAUUGCUGACGCGGAAUGAUCAAUUGUCGAUGAAGAAGUCAAAGAAGGAUGCUCGGAAGAACAAGAUGGCUGAAAACAAACGUGCAAAGGGGGGGUGCUCCCAAGAAGGGGAAGAAGGUGAAGAAGGGGAAGAAUGGGAAGAAGAAGAAGGGCAAGAAAGCCCUGAAGAACAAGAAGCCAAAGUCGCCUUCACGACGGAAGCUCCGGAACCUGCAAGCUGCGGGCUGGCACAGUUCUUCAUUGACUUUGCGAAAUCGGUUGGGGGCAGUGGCAUCAAAACUACAUCUCCCAAGUACAAGAGCUCUGUGCGCGCAGGGCUUGCUGACUUGAAGGAGUGUGCGUACAACAUGUACUGGACCAAAUGUAGCUGUGGUCUCAGGAUCCAAAAUGCCUAUGAUGCCUUCUACUUUUCGUUUGUCACAUCGAGCGCGGAAAACUCCUACAAGAUGGCGGUUGCAGCCAAGUGCUGUGAGAUUUGCGCACAAGGCUUCGAGGACAGGGAUCCUGACUUCACUGAUGGUGACGAUGGUUUCGGCCCCAAGUUUCAAAAGGUGAAGUACAAUGCCAAAAUGGCUUUGCACCUGUUGGCCAAUGAAGAACCUGACUUCACUGGUGGCUUCCAAAUGGUGGAGUACUUCGCAGGACAUGGGAACUUGAGUAAGGCAAUGAAGCUGGCAGGACUUCGUACAGCUAGCUUGGAUAUUGAAUAUCGAGGUUGGGAGAAAGGAAAGAGUUACAAGAGUAAUGCCAUGGACUUUACCUCAGCUUUGCCUUUCGCUGCUCUUCCAGACCGACAAGAACUUCCUCGCGACGAUUGCUCUGAAGUGUUCAAGCUGGACCGCGGUAAACCAGGGGAGUAUCCCAUGCCCUUUGCCCAGAAGCUUGUGGACCUGUACUUGGACUUGGUCACGUCUCCCAGGGGUCAAGCGCCCUAUCCAGACCCUGUGCCGCCCGCGCUCCAGUCCUACCAGUGUCUGCCAGAGGACUGUGAAGGCCUAAGGUGGGCACAGCUGGAUGCAGUGUAUAACUACUUGCGUCGUGGGAAGGAUUUAGAGAUCCCAGCCCACUGGCGCAGAUUUGUUCCACCGCCAGCCCCAGAAAACCCUGAGUGA